AUGUUUCAAGGGAAAACACUUCGUCUAGCGCAGGCGCUGCUUAUUGUUGCGCCUGCUUUUAUUGUUUUUGGAUACAAUCAAUCUGGUCUAGGGCCUUUGGCCACAUUGCAGAGCUGGGUUGGCGUCUUUCCUGAGAUUGAUACCAUCAAUACCGAAGGUGCUCAGCGUGCGAAAAACUCCACUGCAAAGGGUGCUGUGAUUGCCUCUUUCCAGCUUGGUGCUCUUAUUGGAGCCUUGUCAUGUACGGCACUGGGUGAUCGGCUCGGUCGUCGGAAGACUAUUUUCCUUGGUGCGAUCCUUACUAUUAUUGGACAAUUACUGCAGACGUCUUCCUAUGGACUCGUCCAGUUCGUCGUCGGGCGGGUCAUUCUUGGACUGGGUGUUGGCCAGUGGAGUGUCGCUGUGCCGGUUUGGCAGUCUGAAUGCACAUCAGCCAAGCAUCGAGGUCAACAUGUUGUUGUUGAUGGAAUCUGUAUCUGCUUGGGUUAUGCAUUGUGUAACUGGAUUGACUUUGGUCUUAGCAAAGUCGAAGGCUCACUGCAGUGGCGUAUUCCGCUCGUUGUUUCAUUCUUCUUCUCUCUCAUCGUCCUGGUCGCCGUCUUCCUCCUCCCUGAAUCUCCUCGGUGGCUCGUUCGCGUUGGUCGCAUCGAAGAAGCAACUCACAGCCUCGCUGCUUACAAGGGUACCUCUGCCGAAGACAAUUCCGUUCGCAUUGAGAUCGCCGGUAUCGAAAACUCCCUCGAAGUUACAGUCGAUAGCGCCAGGCUACGCGACAUCUUCGACCCCAGCAAGCCGGAUGAGGAGCGCCUACUAUACCGAUUCUGUUUAUGUGUUGCACUUCAGUCUUUCCAGCAGAUGUGCGGUGGAAAUCUGAUCUCGACCUACGUGUCGACCAUCUUUGAAGAAAACCUGCAUAUGGAUAGUGAUCUUGCUCGCAUCCUCUCAUCCUGUGCGAUGACAUGGAAGUUCCUCUGCAGUUUCAUUGCCUUCUUCGCCAUCGACAGACUAGGUCGUCGCAAGAUCUUCAUGAUCAGUGGCGCAGGUAUGGCCGUCUGCAUGACUGUCCUGGCCAUCACCAACAGUUUCCAAGGAAAUCACACCGCUUCGGUGGUGUCUGCUGUCUUCAUCUUCCUCUUCAACUCAUUCUACCCCGUCGGUUUCCUAGGCGGAAACUUCCUUUAUUGUACUGAGGUUGCCCCCAUGCGCCUACGUGUCGCCAUGGCCGCUAUCUCGACAGCGAAUCACUGGCUGUGGAAUUUUGUCGUGGUGAUGAUCACCCCCGUUGCACUGGACACUAUUGGUUACCAGUACUAUAUUGUGUACGCUGUCAUCUCGGCCGGUAUUCCCAUCUCUGUUUAUCUGUUCUACCCUGAGACGAUGAAUCGCAACUUGGAAGCUCUGAAUCAUGUCUUCCGGGAUGCGCCCACCACUUGGGAUAUCGUUUCUAUUGCUCGUAAUUUACCGCAGGGUGAAGCUGCGGAGGUGGAUGUGUGGAUGCGUGCGGAAGAGAAGAGAGCUAUUGAGCAGAGGGAGGAUGCUUAA